UAGUUUCACAGUCAUAAGCUGGUACCGUAUUAUCAUGGCUACAUCAUUGUCUAGCUACAUGUAUUCUCGUGACGAGUGCCAUAGUGUGGUAGCUGCGCAGAAGCGCCACGUCACGUCUAAUCAGUAUAUAGGAAACAUUAACGUCGGUAUUAGUGUUUUAAUUGACAUCUUUAAGUUAAGAACUUAGAUAAAAGGAAAUUGAUGGUAGAUGUUCUUUAUGACCAAAGUAUGAUUGUACGCCACGGCGUUUUCUAGCCAUCUGGCUAGUGUUCUGAUGAAAACAGGGGGGAAAACAACUCAUCGGAUCAGUAGAAAACGCCAUUGGCGCAGGAUUACGUAGCUUCCAUGGAGCAUAUCAAAGUAUAGAAAGGGCCGCUCCCUUCUUAGAAACCUCCCUUAUUUCUAUUUAUCACUUCUCAGACAAAUCCAGGUAUUCUAAAAUGCGUUAUUCACGGCUUCUACAUCAACUGCUAGGCAAAGGCCGCUGGCAUUAUUGGCGCCACGAUCAAAAGUCCGCUAUUCUCCAGCUUCCGCUAGACAUUCUCCUUCUUAUUACUGAUAACCUGGCCUUGCACGAUAAAUUUCUCCUUUCACAUACCUGCAAAGCACUUCGGCAAGUCCUACUUCAAGACUGGGAUAUUAAGCUCCCACAGCUGUCCUUUGAACAUCAGAUCGCGUUUUGGGUAGGGCUGGCUUACACUUUACCAAAUCGCUGGGUCUGCCUAAAAUGCUGUAAACUACAUCCUAUUAACACCUCGGAUGUGCCAGCGGCCUUCACGCUUGUCAGGUAUAAUAGGACUGUCCCUUGCCUCCUUGAAAUAUCCCGAGGAAUUGAAACCAGCCAUUAUUCUAUCCAGCACUACCACAUACAGCUUGCACUUAAGCUCUCGCGCCUGGGCAAUAUAUAUCAACAAUACCUUGGGGCACUAAUGCAGACUUUUACGCGUACACUCUGCCCGCAUAUGCGUAUAAUAGGCGGACUUAUGGGAUCUCGCAGCUCAAAAAAAUCAUCUAUCAAUGUUAUAGUACAUUGGUGCAAGAUUAUGAGCCCGCGCGAAGGGUCCAUCCUGCUUAAAGAAGCUACCUUACUUGAGGAUGGCGUUGAAUUAGCUUAUGACUCACCAGGCCAGUGGGUAUUUAAUUCUUGUCUGCAUUGCCUUACAGAUUUCGCAGUCAUUAUUUCUACAGAUAAGCGAAAGGCAAUAAUCCGGGCGUGGCACGACUUUGGAAUAGAAGGGUCACCACUGGAUGCUAGUUGGAAGGCUCAUGUGAAAGCUAAAGAUGAGCAAUAUUGGUUUGAUGUAGUAGGUCUUCAUUUGGAUUAUACUCAUGGUAGUAUCCGGGAGUUAUGGUCAGAGGAUGUCUCUCAUGGGACCGGGACUAGUCACGCAAAAGUGCGAAGCGUCUUCACGAAGCUGAUAGAUGGCUGGAGUAAAGUAUAG